AUGGACUCGAAACUAUUCUGUGUUCUACAAGUCAAGCCGGUUCCUCGGGGAACCGACGUCUUCGAAACAAAGCGGGCGGGUAUCCUUCAAGCCUUCAGCGAAAAGGUUCCUCAUGCAUACUUCCUUUCCAAGGAUAUCAUCGACAAUGCCCCAGCUGACGUUUCCAACAUUCCUCUCAUCUGCGGCAUCCUGUCGCCUCUAGAGCUCGCCAUCACUGAGAACUACGAUGCGGUUGGUCUCGCUGCAGCGAUUGCUUCCCGCAAAUUCACCGCCGUCAGCGUAGCUACAGCGUUCUCCAAGCGGGCCAUCAUCGCCCACCAGCUGACUUGCUGCCUGACCCAGUGGUUCAUGGCAGAAGCCAUCGAGCAGGCUGCCCACCUCGACGCACAUCUCAACGCCACUGGUCAGACUGUUGGUCCCCUGCACGGCGUACCCGUCAGCAUCAAAGAACAUAUCCCCAUCGCCGGGAAGCCCUCUUCCGCCGGGUGCCUCGGCAGCAUCGCCAUCGACAGCGAGGACUGCCAGAUGACCGCCAUCCUGCGCAGCAUGGGAGCUGUCUUCUACUGCAAGACCAACCAGCCACAGGCCAUCAUGCAUUUGGAAAGCGAUUCGCUGUGGGGCCGUGUCCUGAACCCUUACAACACUCGCCUGUCCGCUGGCGGCUCCACUGGCGGGGAGGCCGCGCUCAUCGCCAUGAAGGGCUCAGUUCUCGGUGUGGGCACCGACAUAGGAGGCAGCAUAAGAGGGCCUUCGGCGUUCUGUGGUAUAUAUGGGUUCAAACCCACAUCAUACGUGCUGCCUACAGAUCGUUUUCUUGCCAAUCCGUGCCCAGCAGAGCUCAACGUGUUAGCCGCUCCAGGACCGAUGUGCCGAAGCCUUAGAGACAUGGACCUGUUUCUUCGAGUAGUUCUCUCGACAGAACCGCACCUCACCGACCCAAAACUUGUUCCUAUCCCCUGGACCGGCCUUCGGACGCAGUUGACUAAGGUCCUCAAGAUCGGAAUCAUCGAUAAUGAUGGUUUCGUACAACCGCAGCCACCGGUCAAACGGGCGACGGCCUGGGCUCGAAAACUUCUUUCCGAUCCCAAGUACGCCGGCGUUAUAGAGGUCAAAUCGUUCAGUCCCUUCGGUGCCGCCGAUGCCUGGUCCAAGAUUCGGAGAACCUAUUGGCCCGAUGGCGGGCAAGGUGCCAGGGACGAAAUAGUUUCGACGGGCGAGCCUCUCCAUCCCCUUUCAGAAUGGAUCUGGAAAGACGCCGAGCCCCAUGGGAUGCUCACGGCGCAGGACGUGGCCCUCAUGCGCAAAGAGAGAGAUGACUUUCGCAUCAAAUUCGCCCGCAGCUGGGCGGAGCAGGACGUGGACGUGGUUCUGGGCCCCGCUUAUGUCGGCCCAGCGUGCGCGCACGACACGGCGUUUACCUGGACGUACACCUCGCUUUACAAUUUUGUCGACUACCCUGGCGUCGUAUUCCCAACGCCCAUCAUCACCCAGCGUGGGGAGAGAUAUGAUGCGAGCUAUGUACCCUUGAGCAACGCGUGCAGGGAGGCCAGACGGCUUUGGGAUGAGUCUGACUUUGAGGGCGCUCCAAUCAAUCUGCAGUUGGUUGCUCGCAAGUAUCAUGACAAUCAGCUCUUUGGGGCCUUGGCCGUCGUGCAGAAUAUCCUAACAGAUUCUCAUGGUGGUCAGACCCGAGCACGUAUGUAG